UUCCAUCUCCAGUCCUUGGUGAAAGAUUCUUGAUCUGCCUUCGUGUGCAGGAGAAACAUGAAAUGUCUUAUUUAAAAACAGAUGAAUGGCGGACAAACAAAAACUAGAUAUUAAAGUCCUUGUAGCUGCAAUUGACUUUGGUACAACGUACUCGGGCUAUGCCUUCUCUUUCAAAGAUGAAUACGAAAAGGAUCCCACGAAAAUCAUGGCCAAUACAACAUGGGUGGCUGGACACAAGAAUUUAUUUUCUCAGAAAACCCCCACGUGUCUUUUGCUGAAAUCUGACCGAAGUUUUCAUUCGUUUGGAUAUGAGGCUGAAGAUACAUACACUGGUCUUGCCAAUGAAGGAAAACAUCAUUCAUGGUACUUCUUUCGGAGGUUCAAAAUGAUGCUACAUAAUAAUAUGACUUUGAACCGUGAAACAGUAAUAGCAGACGACAGCGGCCAAAAGAAGCUCCCCGCCAUGACAGUCUUUGCCCAUGGCAUACGGUAUUUGAAAGAUCACCUUCUAAACCACCUUAAAGUUAAAGGAUUGGAUGUCUUGAUCGAAGAAGACGACGACAUUCACUGGGUUCUGACAAUACCUGCAAUAUGGAACGAUAAAUCUAAGCAGUUUAUGAGGGAGGCGGCACAAGAGGCAGGAAUUGAGAGUCAGAAUUUAAGCCUUGCACUUGAGCCGGAAGCAGCAGCUUUAUAUUGCAGAAUGCUACCACUAGAGAGACUCUCCACAGCAAGUUCUACAAAUCUCUCCAUGUUUCAACCCGGAACUCGCUAUAUGGUGUUGGAUUUGGGAGGUAAGACAAAUUACCAAGAAAUGUAA